AAAAUUUCGAAUUCUUUCACAAAAACAAUCUAAAUGGGCAUAAAAUAUUUACUAAUGAUUUUUGGCGCAUAUAACAGUCUCGAUUCUUGUCUACCGGCUCCGGCUUCUUCAUAUCCGGAGUCAAAAACACGUCCAAGUUCUCUUCCAUGUGCUUUCCCUUGGCCCAAUGCCCGGAACCUGGCUUCCAUGCUUCUUCCGCUCCAUCCUUAGAGACACCUGAGGCCUGUCCGGUCGACUCUCAUAUCAAGGUCGAUUUACACAUUAUCUACUUCGCUUCCGCAGGUAUCAGGGGCCUCGGAGUACCGUGUGCAGUAACUACUUUUUUGGUGGACUUUGAGUGGGACUCAACGGAUGUUUGCUCGACUGUCACGCAAAUCUGCCAGAUGGCUGGAUGUGCGCGUUGAACAUGCAAUGUCUGGCAGUGACAAUGGCAUGUUGGUCGAUGUAAACGUGCUCACUUGUCUCGACUUAUCGUGGCGCGGGCUGUGUGGCCAGACCAUUGAGCCUGUGUAUCGUGGCUUGAAACAUGUUGUGGAGGAAGACUUGGACACAGUUGCUAGGCUGUUGUCUGAGCUAGAUCCCUUUGGUCAAGAACUAGAACAGACGAACGAACAUUUAGAAGUAGCUCCGCAGCCGCAGCCGUCGUUGUCGCCGAGCUUGGCAGAGGAAAGCGCAUUUACACGUCCUGAAAUUUCACUACCAGAACGACCGAGAAGAAAGCGUAGGCGUUCGUCUGCUUUAGUCGAACCGCUCGUCAUCAAACCUACGCAUCCUUCUGCUCCGACAAUUAUUGUUUCGCCGUGUCCCUCUCAGGCGCGUGAAACCUCGUCUUGGGUGCCGUAUCAAGAUGCGGCAUUUGGCGCGCGCCUCACAGUGCCCACAUACGCCCCAUCAAACAGCGCAUUUCCGCCCCUCGUAGCUCCAUCCAAUCUUGACAACCGCGCUGAUGAAUGGAUGUACGUCAACGGCCAUUGGUGUGCCAUCCUUCCCACACAUGAUGAACAGUGUAGAAGAGGGCUGUACUCUAGGAGCAUGGUUUCUAGGCGACGUUCAAGGCUACGGCCUCCUUGUCGGACGGACGUUUGAGUCUGUUGGGCCGAUCUACCACUGACUUCCCUUGUCCCUCGUUUGUUGCAUUCGCCGUCUUGGGCAGUUCAUUCCAUAACCAUAUUGCAUUGUAUCUAUCAUGUUAUCUAACUCAUAUAUUUGUUCACUACCGUCGUAGAGAUUAACUUAUCGUCAUGAUUCAGAUCAUUGAGCGGAAAUGGGAGACACGUUUACUUGACGUGGGAAAUUAUGUGAC